AUGUAUAACUUGAUUCAAUUGAAAUCUAUCUAUCUAUCUGUCUCUCUUUCUAUCUAUCUAUUCGCAUCUAUCCGUUCAUGUGAUUCUUUUCCCUCUUCCUCCCUUCCAUCUCCUUUACUAAUUCUUUCUUUUUUCUUUCUUUUCCUUCUCUAUUUACUCUCUAUUUCAAGAUUCUUAUCCAACACAAAAUCAUAUCUAUCUAUGACAGUUAAAAGUGUCUAUCUCAAUGAAGUCAUAUCUAUCUAUAUAUAUCUAUCUACCUACCUAUGUAUCACAGUUAAAAACUAUCUAGUUACAGUCAAAUAUUUAUUUAUCUAUCUAUCUGUCUGUCUGUCUAUCUAUCUAUCUAAUUAUCUAUCUGUCUGUCUAUCUAUCUAUCUAUCUGUCUAUCUAUCUAUCUAUCUAAUUAUCUAUCUAUCUAUCUAUCUAUCUGUCUAUCUAUCUAUCUGUCUGUCUAUCUAUCUAUCUGUCUGUCUGUCUAUCUAUCUAUCUAAUUAUCUAUCUGUCUGUCUAUCUAUCUAUCUAUCUAUCUGUCUAUCUAUCUAUCUAAUUAUCUAUCUGUCUGUCUAUCUAUCUAUCUAUCUAUCUAUCUGUCUAUCUAUCUAUCUAAUUAUCUAUCUGUCUGUCUAUCUAUCUAUCUAUCUAUCUGUCUAUCUAUCUAUCUAA